ACGCCAAUAUAACAUAGAAGAAGAAAAACAUCAAAGAGCCAUAUCAGACUCUAAAGUCAGGAGGACAUGAGAGUUCGGGGUUAGCCAGACUAGAGGAACGCGCCCAAUAAAUAUAGUUAAUCACAUCCAGGGGGUGGCAGUACAGAGUAGUUUUCGCCAGAAAAAUMUAGGAGGAAGUAGAAUGUAACGUGGAAUGCCCCGUUAUGAAUCUCAAAUCUAGUUAUGGUUCCUUAUUCAAGGUGAAAGCAUCAUCAGAUAUUUGGUGAAAGAAUUUAUAGCGCCAUGGACCGUUUGGCCAACAUGACAGAGAGGAGGAUGGUAUUGGUGUUCAACUAGUCUACAACUAGCAUCCUGCAGUGUUCCAGGCUGUCUGGUUGUGUGUGGCGUGGCAGUGAGAUGGAGAACCAUGCAACAGCAGGGGCCGCCGUGGAUGCAUGCGGAGUGGACCAACGUAGCGAUGAGUAUCGGCUGCUCAUGGCUUACUGUGGCAAGAGGAAGAGGCAGCGGUCUGGCCCAAUGCCUCAAUUUCAAGGCCUCAUUCAAAAAGAAGGUCCUCCUCCAUCCAGACAUAAUGCUACAUUUUAUGACACCGGUCCCAUACACCGAGGAUUUCGAAGUGCUCCGUCCAGACAUGGCCGAGUGGCAGCAGCUGCUGGAGCUGCAGGAGGAGUGGGCAAUAACUUGAAUGGAGUAGCAGACAGGUUGACUCAGAUUGCAGACUCUGUGCAGAUCAAAACAGACGACAUAGAGUCAGACGGGACAGAUGAUCAACAUGAUGUCAUCCGAAGACUAGUGGAGUUGCUGAAGGCGUCUGGAGACAAGCUGAAUGAGGAGAUCAAGAGUAACCACAUCUUGCAGAGGCACCUCCAGACUUCCUUCACUUACAGUCUGUUUGAGACGGUGACCUCCACCCUGCUCCAGGGAGUGACAGGGGUAGAGGGUGAUGGUCCUGUAGCCCAGACAGGCUACCCUGCCCCUGAGAAGGAGGAGAGGGUCCAGAGGGAGCAGAUUGCCCUGGCCUGCGAGGUGACUAGCAAGCUAUCUGCCCUGGACCUCCACCCCAUGAGCCGGGCCAUGGGCUUUGGGACACGCUACCUCCAGGAGCACCACACGGCCUGGGUGAAGAAACACGGAGGCUGGAAUAACGUGUUUGACAGUGAAGACACUGAUUAGACCUGCCAGGCAUUUCAGCUGCUUCAACCAUUCAUGGGAACCAAUUUACAUUUUUAUGACGAUUUUGCUGAAUAUUAAAUGUUUAAUUUGCUCCUAAAACUAUGGAUUCACUUACUGUUCUUACAUUAAUAAGGCUGUUUCUUAGUGAAACUGACUACAUUUUGUUCAUGUUAAAGAGAUCCUUCAAAAGUUAUGUACUGUUAGAUACUGAACAUUGGUCCCAAUUUAGACUUGAAAUAAACAGGCUUAACAUGGACUUAAGUCAUUAAAACAUGGACUAAAGUUUUUUUUUUUUUUUACUAAAGUCCAUGUUAAGUCACCUUAUCUCAAGUUUUUAAAUAUUAGGGCCUAUACUGAAUGUAUAGCUUUCUUGAUGUUUGGAUUUAUCUUAAACUCUAAAAUGACAUUGAACCUGUGAUUUAUGAAUGAACUGCUUAGUGUGGAUUAUCAAUGAAUUGCCUUGAAAUGGUUGUAUGUGGAAAAUAAAUCUAAUGGUUAAUACAUUUCUGCAGCCGGUAUGUGAUGAAACAAUAAUCAUCUUUAGGUUGUUCGUUUUGGAAAUUGUGUAUGAACCUCUAUCCCACAAACAGUUUUUUUUAUAUUACAACAGAAAGUAGUGUUAAUGAGAUAUGUUGCUAUUCCAGUGGUGUUACUGUGAUAAAGUACACAUUAUUUGAUACCAUAAAGGAAUUAAAGAUUUGUUUUGUCAUUUAA